CCCUCUCCUCUACUGUUUCCUCCACCGUCCGAUUCAUCCGACUCCUCUCUCUCUCUCUCUCUCUCUCUCUCUCUCUAGAAACCAGACAGAAAGAAAAGGAGAAAACCAGUGGAGAAUCAAUGAAGUUUUAGAGGGUCAUAUUCCGUUUCUUGAUUCUCUUUUGAUCCCGUACAUAUUCUCAUGUACCCUUUUUCUUCUUCCUCCCCUUCCCCCAAAGCAAAGCAGCUCCCCUUGUUCGGAUCUCUCUAUGCUCCCCGCACCCACAUCUCUUUCCUCUUAUACCCACCAUCCUCCCCAUCUCCUUUUCCAGCACCUGAAAUCCCUACUGUGAGCCGAGCUGCUUUAGCUUUGUGGGGUAGAAGAAAAGAUGCGCGUGGAUUACACCGAGGAAAUGCAGAGUUACAUCGAGGCCCUGGAGGAGGAGAGGCGCAAGAUCCUCGUCUUCCAGCGGGAGCUCCCUCUCUGCUUAGAGCUCGUCACUCAAGCAAUUGGAGCGUGCAAGCAGCAGCUGUCUGCAACGGGUGUUGCCACUGAGUGCAAAAACAACAACGGAAACGGGCAGUCGGAGUGCUCGGAGCAGACGUCGACGGAGGGGACUCCCGUCCUCGAGGAAUUCAUUCCAGUGAAGCGACCCUCGAAGUCGGAAGAGGACGAGGAUGAGCAGCAUUCGCACAAGCCAAUGAAGAUCGACGAUGAGAGUGAUGGGAACAAGGAGAAAAGCAGCAGCGCCGACAGCAAGAAGAAGUCCGAUUGGCUUAGAUCUGCUCAGCUGUGGAAUCAGACCCCGGAUCCACCUCCCAAAGAGGAACAUCAUCAGCCUCCUAGAAAGGUUCCAGUCAUCGAGGUGACGAGGAACGGCGGAGCCUUCCAGCCUUUCCAUAGAGACCAGAAGGGCUCCGCGAAGAGCCAUCAGUCAUCGGAAAAGCCGCAUUCUCCAGCACCCACUGCCGCCACUAGUUCCACCACCGAAACUGCCACAGGUGGCAAGAGGGUGGAGAAGGAAGGGCAGAGUCAGACGCAGACGCCGACGCAGAGGAAGCAGAGGCGGUGUUGGUCUCCGGAAUUGCACCGGAGGUUCCUGCAAGCCCUUCAACAGCUCGGUGGUUCACAUGCUGCAACUCCUAAGCAAAUCAGGGAGCAGAUGAAGGUGGAUGGCCUCACUAAUGAUGAAGUUAAAAGCCAUCUGCAGAAAUUCCGGUUGCACACGAGAAGACCGAGCCCAGCAAUCCACAGCAGCAGCAGCUCGCAGCCGCCACAGUUUGUGGUGGUCGGAGGCAUAUGGGUCCCGCCACCCGAGUACACAGCCGUGGCAGCACCAGAGGCGGCCAAGGCCACCUCAGCCAAUGGGAUCUACACCCCCAUAACGGCAUCACCGCCACCAGCAGCCAAAGCCACCGAUGUGAAUUCAAAGCAGAACCCGAAGUCGGAAGGAAGAGGCAGCCACAGCAGCCACUCGAAUUCUUCCCCGUCGUCAACUUCUUCCUCCAGCCACACCACCACUGCUUCCCCUCUGUAUUGAUCGGUUAAAUUAGUCCAUGUGUGUCAUAUAGUGAUAGAGAAACUGAGAGUUGAGCCAUUUUUGUAACAAAGUCAAUUGUCAUAUUAACUCAUAAAAGUCCAUAAUCUUACGAUAUAUAGGCACAGAACAGAUCUCUCUUUGAGCUCAUUUCUUUUGGUGUUUUCUUUCAUAAAAUGACUAUCUUUUGAAA